AACUGCCUUUGUCUUGGUAAAGAUUUUUGUUCUCCUUUUCACAUGGUCAAAUUUUAAAACAAAACUUACGUUAUUAGGAAAGGGGAUAGCGUGUGUUAAACAGUUUUAAAGACAAGGUCCUCCCCCGGCCCAAUCCCCUGCCCCUCUUCCUAAUACCUCAAAUUUCGUUAUAAAGUUAUGGUUCUGUGAAAGAAGCCCAAAUAAUAGGUAAUCAUUGGGCUAAUGGUGGAUUUUUAUCUAAAACUUAUUAACAAAACUUUACCGAAGAAAUCCACCAUCCCCUCCCCCGUUCUUUAAUAUCCUACUUUACAUUUUUCCCUAUGUGAGGGCCUACGAAAAAAAAUUAAUAAGUUUAUAAGAGUAAGUUUAAAAUAACAUCUACCCAGAUUUAUAGAUCAGAUUUUUUCUAUUAUUGUUACCAAAACACCGCUCAAUAAUUAGGGUAUGAAACUGUUGAGAAACUGUCUGUUUUGGUAAAUAAAUUCAUAACAUUUUAGGGUCGUUUCUCAACUAUUAACAGGUUCUUAGACAGCGAAUGUGCGAUUAACCAAACGAACGCGAACGCGAAGAACUCAACAUUCUUGAAAAUGGAACCAGAAGCAACAAUCCAAGACAUGCGUAAAAUGGUCGAGGAGAUGUUAAAAUUGGUCACAUCACAGGAAACGAAAUUGUGCAUCAAUUCCCGCCGCAAGCUCAAAAUGCUGAACUCGUUAUUUGUUAAAAGUAAACGUCUGAAGAGGGAAACGCUUCUCCAAGCGCGCGAUGAGCUAAACAAAAUGAAAUUCGAAAUAAGUCUCGCUAGUACCCCGCAAGGAGGAACGAGUAACAGUACUACAAGUAACAACUCAAGUAACAACUCAAGUAAUAAAGAUAUUACAAUGAGAAGGCAGUCGACUAAUUUGCGACUAGUGCUUACUCGCAUAAGUGUAGACGAUUUAUCAGUUAGUAAACGUACUCGCAGUAAGUCUAUUGACGCUCCUCCUGUGUAUAAGGUGUCAUACGCGACUGAUGCAGAAACGGAUAAGGAUAUUGAAAACAAUCGCCCACACGUCGAACGAGCUGUUAAACGAAAAAAAUCACAAUCUGCAGUGCAGCAGCAACAGAAAAAAUCAAUUGCGGAUGAUAUAUCGACAAUGAAAACUUCUAAACCUGAAAAAAAGAAAUCUGUUGCAAGUAAGACUGCAUCAGCAGAAAGUAAAAUACAUGAUUCAGUAGACGUUGGAAAAAAUUGUCUAAAAAGACGUUCAGAAUCUGCAAAGCACAACCAACCGAAAAGCAAUGCUGCGAAUUUUACAUCGACAACGAACACUCCUGAACCGAAUAAAAAGAAAUCUGUUGUAAGUAAGGUACCACCAACAGAUAAGAAAUUCCAUAAUACAAAAGACAAUGGAAAGCAGCAGGAAAAGAAAAAGAGAUCUAUGGAAAGUUCUACACUGAAUAACACCUCUGAACAAAUAAAAAAGAAAUCGAUCGCUGGCAAGGAUCCAUCAACAAAUAAGAAAAUUCAAGAAUCCAGUUUUGAACCUCGUUCAAAGAUCAUAAAAACCGGAGAACCAUGCCCGCAGAAAGGCGGUCUGGAUCGAAUAAUUCAGAAAAAAAAGUACAAACGUUUUGUUUUGUACGAUUCAGAUACUGAAGAUCAUGUCGCCGAAGCUAGCAGCCUACCAUGUAGACGACUGGAGCAAAAGCCGAACACAACAGCUUAUCCUGAUAUUCCGAACGACAAUUCCGAUAUACAUUGUCAGAGUAAUUUCAUCGUCAAAUGCUGUUUGUGUCCGUAUAGAGGUGUUGGCAUGGUUGAACACUAUGUGAGUGAGCAUCCCCAACAAGAAGUUUUCGUAAGCCGAAUUUCGCCAAAACAAUCGCACAUGAUCAGGAAAUAUCCAAUACCUAAUCAUACCAGUCAUAAAGUAGUUGCUGGCACAGAAGCUAUCCAUCGCUUUUGUCAUUUUUGUGAGAAAGAACAACAGCUUACCGUUAAGCAAUGGAUCAAACAUGUAGCAGAACAUACUGGGGAAUAUGAACUCAAAGGGACAGCGAAGACACCCCAUAAAGAAAUAUAUUUUAGAAAUAAUCAUAUUAUGGCGUACCUAUGUGAUAGGUGCAAUUACGCUCAAGUUCGAUUGUCUUCGAUGGAACAUCAUAUUGAGAAGGAGCAUGCGUCGAAUAGCAACGAUGCUUUAAAUAAUAUCGAAUAUAUUCGAUUUUGCGUGGUGGAAAAACGUGAACCGUCAAGAAAUAGUAACAAAGCUAAUUCACUCUUUGUUAUUGGAAUGAAUACGAAGGAUAUUCAUGCAAGUAAUGUCUGUAAUGACGUAAAAAAAGAAAUUAUCCUUCAGAAGAACCAGCCUAUGAGGACACGCGAAGAUGGCUAUGAUUCGUCGUGUAGCUCAGACACUAUAUCGCUGACAGCUUCAGAUGAUGAGGAUGCCACAAUUUUAAUGAAGCCUGGUAAAAGUCCUCCUUUGCUGCACUCAGGCUUAGAUAUGUCUGAUUCAGUCAAUGAUCACGUAAAUGUUUGUUUGGAAUCAAUAGAUGACCAGGACCACACGAAUGUUUUUCCAUCGAUCGAUCCAUUGGAUCCAAUAGUUUUGAUCACACCGAUCAUGUCAAACGAGCCCAACCGCAAGGAAAACCAUAUAGAGGAGUUGAUCAUGUCAGAAGAAGUCAAUGAAGAAGUACUAGUAGGUCGAACCCAAAACAAAAAUAGAAAACAGCAAAGCAAUGCGCACGUUGCAAAUCAAAGCCGCGAAACACAACACACUUAUAGUCGACCAAUAUCUGUUGUGAUAUCGGAACGAGCGAAGAAUUAUAAGGGCAUCAUCUAUGAUACGUCGAAUGAAACUGUAAUUCCUUCAACAGAUAGGCAAAUCAAUACUGACCUCAAUGGUAAUAGAUUUUUGAACGUAAAUCACGAUUGGUAUGUAAGAGAAGUAAAUGGUAUACCGAAGCCGUGGAUUCAAGAUAGCAGUCCGAAAAUGGGUUGUUAUUAUCGCUCAAUGCUUAAAACAGAAUCCCUAAUUGCGUUCUACAAAUGCAUGGGCCAUGCGUGUGAUUUUACGACGCAAAACGAUAAAGCGAUGGAGCAACAUGUGAUUUACCAUGGUUUGAGUGUAACCUAUAAAUCCGAGGUAAUGCAAUGGCUCGAGUGUUGCUAUUGUGCUUUCUUCGCAAACGGCCCCAAGGAGCUUGUAGAGCAUUUGCAGUCAGUGCAUGGUGGCUGUGGUUAUCAAUGUAAUCGAUGCUUUUAUCGUAGUCGCGAGUAUUCUGCAUUGGUGGUGCAUCAAUCGUUGUUUCACUCUGAUUCAUACGAACUGAGCAACCGUAUAUAUCAGUGCACUAAAAGGGUGAAGAACUACAAUUCAUCUGAUCAGGGAUUCAUAAUUAAUAAUAUGAAAAAUACUGUUCCCUUGUUAGUUUGCAAUGCAUGUCCAUCCGGAACGUUCUACGGUCUUCUAUCGUUCAAAGAUCACAUUGAAAGUCACGAGUCCAAUAUUAUGACGUGUCAUUUGUGCCGUAAUAUUUACGGUAAAAUGGAAUUGAUAAACCACAUGGAGAUUUCCCAUGGGAUCUAUGUGUUCCAAUGCGUUUAUUGCCAAUAUGGGACCUACAAAAACGGUUUGAUAGAGCACCACGUCAGUGUACAUCACCCGGAGCGUAUAUUUUGUUAUCAUGUGAGGAAUCCUAUCCAGACGUUAGAACCCUAUGUGAGACCUAGGAAAGUAAUACCACCGCAUCGGUUUGUGGUGUUCUCUUCUGCUUAGUUGGUUCUAAUCAUGUCCUUAUGGCACAAAGUAACUUUGCGUUACUAAUGAUGCUAUGAUGAAU